AUGGGCUACGACGUCACCCGGUUCCAGGGGGAAGUGGAUGAGGACUUGCUGUGCCCCAUCUGCAGUGGAGUCCUAGAGGAGCCUGUGCAGGUCAGUGACGUACACUUCUCCACAUCAUUUCAGCCAUUGGAUUGCAUUUCAGUCACUGAAAAAGCAGGAAUUGUCAGUGUUGUAAAUUCAGUUCAAUUUCAGUGAAAAAGGAUCCAGUACUUGUCAACUCAUUGACCACACACCAUCUGUGCCAUUUCAGUCUAAGUUUUUGCUAACUUCUCAAAUGUUUCAGUCUUAUAGGCUGUGCAGGCCAUUUAUUUUGUAGUGCUAAAAAGGUGAUUAUAAUCAGGAUUUUUCGAGCCCUGGAUGUUGAUUGGCUGAAAGCCAUGAUAUACAGUGCAUUCGGAAAGUAUUCAGACCCCUUGCCUUUUUCCACAUUUUGUUACGUUACGUUACAGCCUUAUUCUAAAAUUGAAUAAAUCGUUUUUUCCACUCAUCAAUCUACACACAAUAUCCCAUAAUGACAAAGCAAAACCAGGUUUUUAGAAAUGUUAGCAAAUUUUGGGCCUCCCGAGUGGCGGAGCGGUCUAAGGCACUGUAUCGCAGUGCUUGAGGCAUCACUACAGAACCGGGUUCGAUCCCAGGCUGCGACCGGGAGACCCAUGAAGCGGCGUGCAACUGGCCCAGCGUCGUCCGGGUUAGGGAAGGGUUUGGCCGGCCGGGAUGUCCUUGUUCCAUCGCGCUCUAGCGACUCCUGUGGCGGGCCGGGCGCAUGCACGCUGAGCGGCUUGGCAGGGUCGUGUUUCGGAGGACGCAUGGCUCUCGACCUUCGCCUCUCCCGAGUCAGUACGGGAGUUGCAGUGAUGGGACAAGACUGUAACUACUAAUUGGAUAUCCCGGAAUUGGGGAGAAAAACUAGAAGAAGAAAAAAAUGUUUUGAAAUGUAUAAAAAACUCCAAACUGAAAUAUCACAUUUAAAUUUUUUUAAAUACAUUUGCAAACAUUUAUUUUUGUGAUAUCCAAUUGGUAGUUACAGUCUACUCAGUACUUUGUUGAAGCGAUUACAGCCUCGAGUCUUCUUGGGUAUGACGCUACAAGCUUGGCACACCUGUAUUUGGGGAGUUUCUCCCAUUCAUCCCUGCAGAUCCUCUCAAGCUCUGUCAGGUUGGAUGGGGAGUGUCGCUGCACAGCUAUUUUCAGGUCUUUCCAGAGAUGUUCGAUAGGGUUCAAGUCCAGGCUCUGGCUGGGCCACUCAAGGACAUUCAGAGACUUGUCCCGAAGCCACUCCUGCAUUGUCUUGGCUGUUUGCUUAGGGUCAUUGUCCUGUUGGAAGGUGAACCUUCGCCACAGUCUGAGGUCCUGAGGGCUCUGGAGCAGGUUUUCAUCAAGGAUCUCUCUGUACUUUGCUCCGUUCAUCUUUCCCUCGAUCCUGAUUAGUCUCCCUGCCGCUGAAAAACAUCCCCACAGGAUGAUGUUGCCACCACCAUGCUUCACCGUAGGGAUGGUGCCAGGUUUCCUCCAGACGUGACGCUUGGCAUUCAGUCCAAAGAGUUCAAUCUUGGGUUUCAUCAGACCAGAGAAUCUUGUUUCUCAUGGUCUGAGAGUCCUUUAGGUGCCUUUUGGCAAACUCCAAGCGGGCUGUCGUGCUUUUUACUGAGGAGUGGCUUCCGUCUGGCAACUCAGAUUGGUGGAGUGCUGCAGAUAUGGUUGUCCUUCUGGAAGUUUCUCCCAUUUUCACAGAGGAACUUUGGAGCUCUGUCAGAGUGACCAUCGGGUUCUUGGUCACCUCCCUGACCAAGGCCCUUCUCCCCCUGAUUGCUCAGUUUGGCCGGGCGGCCAGCUCUAGGAAGUGUCUUGGUGGUUCCAAACUUCUUCCAUUUAAGAAUGAUGGAGGUCACUGUGUUCUUGGGGACCUUCAAUGCUGCAGAAUUUUUUUUGUACCCUUCCCCAGAUCUGUGCCUCAACACAAUCCGGUCUUGGAGCUUUACGGACAAUUCCUUCGACCUCAUGGCUUGGUUUUUGCUCUGACAUGUACUGUCAACUGUGGGACCUUAUAUAGACAGGUUUGUGCCUUUCCAAAUCAUGUCCAAUCAAUUGAAUUUAACACAGGUGGACUCCAAUCAAGUUGUAGAAACAUCUCAAGGAUGAUCAAUGGAAACAGGAUGCACCUGAGCUCAAUUUCGAGUCUCAUAGCAAAGGGUCUGAAUACUUAUUUAAGUAAGGUAUUUCUGUUUUUUAUUUUUUAUUAAUUUGCAAAACAUUUAUAAACUUGUUUUCACUUUGUCAUUAUAGGGUAUUGUGUGUAGAGCGGCAGGUAGCUUAGUGGUUAAGAGCGUUGUGCCAGUAACCGAAAGGUCGCUGGUUCUAAUCCCCGAGCCGACUAGGUGAAAAAUCUGUCGGUGCCCUUGAGCAAUGCACUUAACCCUAAUUGCUCCUGUAAGUCGCUCUGGAUAAGAGCAUCUGCUAAAUGACUAAAAUGUAAAUGUAAAAUAUUGAUGAGGGGAAAAAAACAAUUUAAUCCGUUUUAGAAAAAGGCUGUAACUUAAUAAUGUGGAAAAAAGUCAAGGUGUCUGAAUACUUUCCGACUACACUGUACAUGCUAUAUACAUUUUACGGAUACAAUAUAUUUUACAAUAGUUAUUUUUGUUUGUUUUUAGUCCCAUCCUUCAGCUACCCUCAACCCAUCCCAUCUGUCUCUGAACACCAUCCAGUUUAAAUGUCUAUUUACCAUAUAUUUUAACUGUGCGGUGAUAUUUCACAGUUCUGAAUCUUUUUAAACUCAGCAAAAAAAGAAACGUCCCUUUCACAGGACCCUGUCUUUCAAAGAUGAUUAGUAAAAAUCAAAUAACUUCACAGAUCUUCAUUGUAAAGGGUUGCAACAUGCUUUCCCAUGCUUGUUCAAUGAACCAUAAACAAUUAAUGAACAUGCACGUGUGGAAAAGGUCGUUAAGACACUAACAGCUUACAGACGGUAGGCAAUUAAGGUCACAGUUAUGAAAACUUAGGACACUAAAGAGGUCUUUCUACUGACUCUGAAAAACACCAAAAGAAAGAUGCCCAGGGUCCCUGCUCAUCUGCGUGAACGUGCCUUAGGCAUGCUGCAAGGAGGCAUGAGGACUGCAGAUGUGACCGGGGCAAUAAAUUGCAAUGUCCGUACUGUGAGACGCCUAAGACAGCGCUACAGGGAGACAGGACGGACAGCUGAUCGUCCUUGCAGUGGCAGACCACGUGUAACAACACCUGCACAGGAUCGGUACAUCCGAGCAUCACACCUGCGGGACAGGUACAGGAUGGCAACAACAACUGCCUGAGUUACACCAGGAACGCACAAUCCCUCCAUCAGUGCUCAGACUGUCCGCAAUAGGCUGAGAGAGGCUGGACUGAGGGCUUGUAGGCCUGUUGUAAGGCAGGUCCUCACCAGACAUCACCGGCAACAACGUCGCCUAUGGACACAAACCCACCGUUGCUGGACCAGACAGGACUGGCAAAACGUGCUCUUCACUGACAAGUCGCGGUUUUGUCUCACCAGGGGUGAUGGUCGGAUUCGCGUUUAUCGUCAAAGGAAUGAGCGUUACACCGAGGCCUGUACUCUGGAGCGGGAUCGAUUUGGAGGUGGAGGGUCCGUCAUGGUCUGGGGCAGUGUGUCACAGCAUCAUCGGACUGAGCUUGUUGUCAUUGCAGGCAAUCUCAAAGCUGUGCGUUACAGGGAAGACAUCCUCCUCCCUCAUGUGGUACCCUUCCUGCAGGCUCAUCCUGACAUGACCAUCCAGCAUGACAAUGCCACCAGCCAUACUGCUCGUUCUGUGCGUGAUUUCCUACAAGACAGGAAUGUCAGUGUUUUGCCAUGGCCAGCGAAGUGCACGGAUCUCAAUCCCAUUGAGCACGUCUGGGACCUGUUGGAUCGGAGGGUGAGGGCUAGGGCCAUUCCCCCCAGAAAUGUCUGGGAAUUUGCAGGUGCCUUGGUGGAAUAGUGGGGUAACAUCUCACCGCAAUAACUGGCAAAUCUGGUGCAGUCCAUGAGGAGGAGAUGCACUGCAGUACUUAAUGCAGCUGGUGGCCACACCAGGUACUGACUGUUUACGUUUGAUUUUGACCCCCCCCUUUUGUUCAGGGACACAUUAUUCCAUUUCUGUUAGUCACAUGUCUGUGGAACUUGUUCAGUUUAUGUCUGUUGUUGAAUCUUAUUAUGUUCAUACAAAUAUUUACACAUGUUAAGUUUGCGGAAAAUAAACGCAGUUGACAGUGAGAGGACGUUUCUUUUUUUGCUGAGUUUGCUAAGAGUAUUAUUAUAUUAUUGAUUGAUUUGACUAUGACGUUUUAAAUCACCCAGCAGUGCUAUUUGCAGAGUUAGCUCCAGGUAAAUGUUGCAAUUCUUCAGCCAUUCCUGAACCUGCAACCAAAAACAAGCUACAUAUGGACAGUACCAAAACAAAUGAUAUAAUGAUUCUGUGUCUUCUCAGAAAAAUCUGCAGGGCUGGGAUGGUUGUAACCCCCAUAUAUAUAACAUCAUAUUGGUUGCUAGGAAUUUUUUAUUAUAAUUUACAUUUAAAAACUUACACAAAACGAAGCUGUAUUCAAAACGUAUCAGUUCAUAAACCAUGUUCCAUGGAAUCAGUACAUCAAAAAUCUCUUCCCAUCUAAACUGAACAAAAAUAUAAAGGCAAAAUGCAACAAUUUCAACGAUUUUAUAGAGUUACAGUUCAUAUAAGGAAAUCAGUCAAUUGAAAUAAAAUCAUAAGGCCCUAAUCUAUGGAUUUCACAUGACUGGGUAAGGGCGCUGCCAUGGGUGGGCCUGGCUCCCCAGUGGGUGGACCUAUGUCCUCCCAGGCCCAUGAACAGCCAAUCAGAAUACAUUUUUUUUUACCACAAAAGGGCUUUAUUACAUACAAAUACUCCUCAGUUUCAUCAGCUGUCCGGGUGGCUGGUCUCAGACGAUCCCGCAGGUGAAGAAGCCAGUGUGGAGGUCCUGGGCUGGUGUGGUAAACGUGGUCUGUGGUUGUGAUGCCGGUUGGACGUACUGCCAAAUUAUCUAAAACGAUUUAUGGUAGAGAAAUUAACAUUCAAUUCUCUGGCAACAGCUCUGGUGGACAUUCCUGCAGUAAGCAUGCCAAUUGCACGCUCCCUCAAAACUUGAGACAUCUGUGACAAAACUGCACAUUUUAGAGUGGCCUUUUAUUGUCCCCAGCACAAGGUGCACCUGUGUAAUGAUCAUGCUGUUUAGUCAGCUUCUUGAUAUGCCACACCUGUCAGGUGGAUGGAUUAUCUUGGCAAAGGAGAAAUGCUCACUUUUUGUGUUAAAAAUAUGAGAGAAAUAAGCUUUUUAUGUGUAUGGAACAUUUCUUGGAUCUUUUAUUUCAUCUCAUGAAACAUGGGACCAACACUUCACGUUAUUAUUAUUAUUAUUAUUAUAUUUUUGUUCAGUAUAUUUUGCAAUCGAUAUAGCACAGCUAUCAAUUUUUUGGUCCUUAAAUUAAGCUGGUAUACUUUUUAUUUUAUUUAUCACAAAUUCAGAGCCGACAGACAAGUUCCUUACUUUCUCCCCCUUCCACUUGCCUCUUCCAUUUUUGCGGUAAUGCUGCAAUUAGCCCAACAGCCCUUAGCCUUAGUAUAUUGGCCAUAUACCACACCCCCUCUGGCUUUAUUGCUUAAUUAUCAUAUUUUCCGCAGUGCUCUUGCCGCUAUACUGUUCUUGUAUUUCUGUAUACGGUAUAUCACUGGACUUGUAAUUUGAUUCUCUGAUGAAGCUCCAGUGAUGAUGAUUCAAUGCUAGUGAAAGGUGAAAGCGAUUAGACAUGAGAAUAGCCCCAUCAUGGCCAGGAAGGAGAUGGGCAGAGAGAGGGAGAGAAAGGACAGGGAGGAGAGCUAACAGGGCGAUCGGUUUUCAGAGAGAUGCAGUGUCAGCAAGGGGAGAGUGGAGAGGACAGGAGAGAGAGAGAAGAGAGGAGAGGACAGGAGGGACAGAGAGACAGAGAGAGAGAGAGAGAGCGAGAGAGAGGAGAGGGAGGGAGAGAGGGAGAGAGAGAAGACAGGAGUGAGGGAAGAAGGCAAUUUGGAGAGAUGAGCUCUGCAUGAAAAUCUGUCCAUUCUUUUUAAAGAUUAGUAAAUGUGCCUAAUGUUUGUAGUGUAGGCACUAGGGAUAGAAUAAGUGAGUGGGGAUGCUUAGUCCUGUUAAUGUAAAUGAAGCAUAAGGAUGCUAUUAUAGCAAACGUAUCUCCCAAACUGAAACCAAACAUGAGGUGAGUGGCUUUAAAUAGACACUAUUGACCUGCAGAGGAUGGCAUUGUUUUCCUACAUGUUUGCCCUAGGAGUAAAUAGUUGCUGGUUUGUGCUUUUUAUAGUACAUAACACUUUGUCCAGCCUAGGGAUUUCUUAAUGUGUGUUUUGGUCAAUUUCCUGUGAUAUUAAGUGUUCUUUGUUUUGCAGUAUUUUUGUGAGUGUGAUUGCAUCUGUCUGUGGGCACGUGUGUGUUCAUGCGUUGGUAGGUUAAUUCAGCAAGAAGGUAGUGUUGCAGUACAGCGUCACUUCCAGCCAAUGUAGCCUUUGCAUUCUCAGCUGUCGUAGGACUUUGCGCAGUGUGCUGGCAUCAGUAAAGGAAUGUGGACAUAACUGCCAUAGGGCUUUCAGUGGACACACACAUACAGUAUAAUGAGAGAGAGGGAGAGAGGGAGGAAGUCAGCUGUGUAUGCUGCUUACUCUGGCAUCCCCUGCAUUGGCCUGGACAAAUAGUAUGUACACUAUAAUACAGUGCCUUCACAAUUUGUUGUUACAUCCUGAAUUUAAAAUGGAUGAAAUUGAGAUUAUUUUUGUCACCGACCUACACACAAUACCUCAUAAUGUCAAAGUGGAAUUAUAUUUUUAGAAAUGUUUACAAACAAUAAUAAAAAAAUGAAAAGCUGAUGUCUUGAGUGAAUAAGUAUUCAACCCCUUUUUAUGGCAAACCUAAAUAAGUUCAGGAGUAAACAAUUGCUUAGCAAGUCACAAGUUUAAUGGACUCACUCUGUGUGCAAUAAUGGUGUUUAAUAUGAUUUUUGAAUGACUACCUCAUCUCUGUACCCCACACGUACAAUUAUCUGUAAGGUCUGUCAGUCGAGCAGUGAAUUCUAAACACAGAUUCAACCACAAAGACCAGGGAAAAUGUCCAAUGCCUGGCAAAGAAGGGCACCUAUUGGUAGAUGGGCUGGUGAAGUUAUUAAUUAAACUUUGGAUUGUGUAUCAAUACACCCAGUUACUACAAAGAUACAAGCGUCCUUCCUAACUCAGUUGCCGGAGAGGAAGAAAACCGCUCAGGGAUUUCACCAUGAGGCCAAUGGUGACUUUAAAACAGUUACAGAGUUUAAUGGCUAUAAUAGGAGAACUGAGGAUGGAUCAACAACAUUGUAGUUACUCCACAAUACUAAACUAAAUGACAGAGUGAAAAGGAAGCUUGUACAGAAUAAAAAUAUUCCGAAACAUGCAUCCUGUUUGAAAUAAGGCACUAAAGUAAAACUGCAAUCUGGUACUGAGAUGAGGUAGUUAUUGAAAAAUCAUGUUAAACACUAUUAUUGCACACAGUGACUCCAUGCAACUUAUGUGAAUUGUACCACUGUAGUUAAUUAGGCAAGCCAUAACAAAGGGGUUGAAUACUUAUUGACUCAAGACAUUUCAGCUCUUCAUUUUUAAUUAAUUUGUUUAAAAAAAUUAAAACAUAAUUCCACUUUGACAUUAUGGGGUGUUGUGUGUGUGUGUAGACCAGUGACACACAAUCUCAAUUUAAUCAAUUUUAAAUUUUGGCUGUAACACAACAACAUUUUGGAAAAGUCAAGGGGUGUGAAUACUUUCAGAAGUAUUCCUGAGUGAAAGCUGUAUAAUUCCAAUGCCCUACUAAGAGCAUUGACAUCUUCCAGACUGGAAGAAUGGGAGGGAGAGAGGGAGUGGAAUAAACAGAGGUUAGGUGGGCACAGAGCCAUGUAUUUAGAGAUUUGGGCCAUUGAGGUUUCUGCAUGAUGAUGCAUUUACAUGACAUCACAACAUUCUUUCUGGCAACCAUGUUAGCGCAAAAUUUUUUUUGGGGCAUCUGAUUAAAUCACCAUGGGAGCAUACCAGAGUUGCGGACGUUUUUUUUCUUUAGUAUUGUUAGCGGGGAAUAUUUAAUGCUAUGUAACUGUCUAGAAUUAGAAUAUUAUUCAAAGUUACAAAAGUUUGCUCAACUCUCUAAAUACAAGCCUCUGGGUGUGCAUAUGAGGGUGUGUUAGUCCCAGUCAGUGUGCUGUGCUGCACUCACUGACCUUGCUGGAGUCAGUGCUGCUGUGUGGAGUGUCCCAGGGCUGGGCUGGGAUGGGCUGGGUAGGGGGGGUUGGGUGGUGAUCAUUUAUACUCCCUCUGGGGCCCCAGUAUGAAUCAGCAGCACUGCAACAUAGAACCCAUCACCAGGUGUGAUGUUCGGAUGUACCGAUCCUGUAGUGGGAGGAAUCAGGAUUAGGACUGUGUCUGAAAUUGUACCCUAUAGUGCACUACAUUUGAUCAAGGCCCUGGUCAAAAGUAGUGGACUAUAAAGGAAAUAGGGUGCCAUUUCGGACUCACCCAGGGACUGCAUGGGAAACAGAGGGAAAGAAGGUCUCCGGGGGAUCCAUUGCUACCAAUGGCGGCUGUAGCCCUGAGAGCUUUUUUCCUGACACCCAGGAACUCAAAUCCAAUUUUAUUGGUCACAAACACAUAUUUAGCAGAAGUUAUUGCGGAUGUAGCGAAAUGCUUGUGUUCCUAGCUCCAACAGUGCAGUAGUAUCUAACAAUUCACAACAAUACACACAUCUAAAAGUAAAAGAAUGGAAUUAAGAAAUAUAUAAAUAUUAGAUCGAGCAAUGUCGGAGUGGCAUUGACUAAAAUACAGUAGAAUACAAUACAGUAUAUACAUAUGAGAUGAGUAAAGCAAUAUGUAAACAUGAUUAAUGUGACUAGUGUUCCAUUAUUAAAAUGGCCAGUGAUUCCAAGUCUAUAUAUAGGGCAGCAGCCUCUAAGGUGCAGGGUUGCGUAACCAGGUGGAAGCCGGCUAGUGAUGGCUAUUUAACCUCUUAAGGAUUGGACCCUUUUUUUAAAUUGUCGCCUAGAAUUACAUACCCAAAUCUAACUGCCUGUAGCUCAGGAUCUGAAGCAAGGUAUGCAUAUUCUUGAUACCAUUUCAAUGGAAACACUUUGAAGUUUGUGGAAAUCUGAAAUUAAUGUAGGAGAAUAUGAAACCAAAAAAUAUGCGUUUUCUAUUAAUUUUUUAGUUCCAUCAUCUUUGAAAUGCAAGAGAGAGGCCACAGUAUGAAAAUGUAUGCACUCACUAACUGUAAGUCGCUCUGGAUAAGAGCGUCUGCUAAAUGACUAAAAUUUAAAUAUAAUAUUGCAGUUUAGGCGCAAUUUAGAUUUUGGCCACUAGAUGGGAGCAGUGUGUGUGCAAAGUUUCAGAUUGAUCCAGUGAAGCGUUGCAAUACUGGACUAUUUUGUAUCAAGUCUGCCCAAAUGUGCCGAAUUGAUAAAUUUUCAAGUACAUAACUAUAGAGGACAUACAUUUUGUAUUAGCAUAUCAUUUUUUUAAGUUUACACACUCCCAGGAAUGUCAUACAUGAUGGAUCAUUAGGUUAUACACUAACUUGCACACAUUUAGAUGGCCGGGCGGGGUGGGUGUGGAGCCAGAGACAGCAGGGGUUCAAACUGUAGAACACAGUUCCUACAUUUGAAUAUAAAAAUGAAUUUUAUCAAACAAAACUAUGCUACAUUUUAUCUCUGGGACCCUUAGGAUGACAAAUCAGAGCAAGAUUACUGAAUGUAUUUUUUCACUGUAAUAGCUACUGUAAAUUGGACAGUGCAGUUAGAUUAACAAGAAUUGAAUCUUUCUGCCCAUAUAAGACAUGUCUAUGUCCUGGAAGUUUGCUGUUACUUACAACAGUCAUGCUAAUCACGUUAGCUCAACCGUCCCGUAUACGGGACACCGAUCCCAUAGAGGUUAACAGUCUGAUGGUUAACAGUCUCUCGGUCCCAGCUUUGAUGCACCUAUACUGACCUCGCCUUCUGGAUGAUAGCGGGAUGAACCGGCCAUGACUCGGGUGGUUGAUGUCCUUGAUGAUCUUUUUGGCCUUCCUGUGACAUCGGGUGCUGUAAAUGUCCUGGAGGGCAGGUAGUUUGCCCCUGGUGAUGCGUUGGGCAGACCGCACCACCCUCUGGAGAGCCCUGCGGUUGCGGGCGGUGCAGUUGCUGUACCAGGCGGUGAUACAGCCCGACAGGAUGCUCUCAAGCCAAAUUUCUUCAGCCUCCUGAGGUUGAAGAGGCGCUGUUGCGCCUUCUUCGCCACACUGUGCACCGUGCUUCUACACCUGCAUUACUAGCUGUUUGGGGUUUUAGGCUGGGUUUCUGUACAGCACUUCGAGAUAUUAGCUGAUGUAAGAAGGGCUAUAUAAAAUAAAAUUGAUUGAUUGAUUGACUGUCUGUGUGGGUGGACCAUUUUGGAUCGUCAGUGAUGUGUACGCCGAGGAACUUUAAGCUUUCCACCUUCUCCACUGCGGUCCUGUCGAUGUUGAUAGGGGCGUGCUCCCUCUGCUGUUUCCUGAAGUCCACGAUCAGCUCCUUUGUUUUGUUGACGUUGAGUGAGAGGUUAUUUUCCUGGCACCACUCUCCCAGGGCCCUCACCUCCUCCCUGUAGGCUGUCUCGUCAUUGUUGGUAAUCAGGCCUACUACUGUUGUGUCGUCUGCAAACUUGAUGAUUGAGUUGGAGGCAUACGUGGCCACGCAGUCAUGGGAGUACAGGAGGGGGCUGAGCACGCACACUGUUGAGGAUCAGCGUAGUGGAUGUGUUGUUUCCUACCUUCACCACAUGGGGGGCAGCCCGUCAGGAAGUCCAGGACCCAGUUGCACAGGGCGGGGUUCAGAUCCAUGGCCCCGAGCUUAAUGAUGAGCUUGGAGGGUACUGUGGUGUUGAAUGCUGAACUAUAGUCAAUGAAUAGCAUUCUUACAUAGGUAUUCCUCUUGUCCAGAUGGGAUAGGGCAGUGCGAUGGCGAUUGCAUCAUCUGUGGCUCUAUUGAGGCGCUAUGCAAAUUAAAGUGGGUCUAGGGUGUAAGGUAGAGGUGAUAUGAUCCUUAACUAGCCUCUCAAAGCACUUCAUGAUGACAGAAGUGAGUGUUACGGGGUGAUAAUCAUUUAGUUCAGUUAGCUUUGCUUUCUUGGGUACAGGAACAAUGGUGGACAUCUUGAAGCAAGUGGGGACAGCAGACUGGGAUAGGGAGAGAUUGAAUAUGUCCGUAAACACUCCAGCCAGCUGGUCUGCGCAUGCUCUGAGGACACGGCUAGGGAUGCCGUCUGGGCCGGAAGGCAUUAGAGAGUUUUACUCACGUCGUCCACGGAGAAGGAGAGCCCACAGUCCUUGGUAGCGGGCAGCGUCGGUGGCACUGUGUUACCCUCAAAGCGGGCGAAGAAGGUGUUUACCUUGUCCGGGAGCAAGAUGUCAGUGUCCCCGACGUGGCUGGUUUUCCCUUUGUAGUCCGUGAUUGCCUGUAGACCCUACCACAAACGUCUCGUGUCUGAGCUGUUGAAUUGUGACUCCACUUUGUCUCUGUACUGACGUUUUGCCUGUUUGAUUGCCUUACGGAGGGAAUAACUACACUGUUCGUAUUCGGCCAUAUUCCCAGUCACCAUGCCAUGGUUAAAUCCGGUGGUUCGCGCUUUCAGUUUUGCGCGAAUGCUGCCAUCUAUCCACGUUUUCUGGUUUGGGUAGGUUUUAAUAGUCACAGUGGGAACAGCGUCUCCUAUACACUUCCUGAUGAACUCAGUCACCGUAUCCGUGUAUUCGUUGAUCUUAUUCUCAGAGGCUACCAAGAACAUAUCCCAGUCCGUGUGAUCAACACAAUCUUGAAGCAUGGAUUCCGAUUGGUCAGACCAGCGUUGAAUAGACCUUAGCACUUGUACUUCCUGUUUUGAGUUUCUGCCUAUAGGAAUGGAGGAGCAAAAUGGAGUUGUGAUCAGAUUUUCCGACGGGAGGGCGGAGGAGGGCCUUGUAGGCAUUUCUAAAAGUUGAGUAGCAGUGGUCCAAUGUUUUUCCAGAGUUAGUACUACAGUCAAUGUGUUGGUAGAACUUCGGUAGCGUUUCCCUCAAAUUUUCUUUGUUAAAAUCCCCAGCUACAAUAAAUGCGUCCUCAGGAUAUGUGGUUUCUAGUUUGCACAAAGUCCAGUGUAGUUCCUUGAGGGCCGUUGUGCUAUCGGCUUGAAGGGGAAUAUACACGGCUAUGACUAUAACCAAAGAUAAUUCUCUUGGGAGGUAAUAUGGUCUGCAUUUGAUUGAGGUAUUCUAGGUCGGGUGAACAAAAGGACUUGAGUUUCUGUAUGUUAUCACAAUCACACCAUGAGUAGUUAAUCAUGAAACAUACACCCCCACCUUUCUUCUUCCCGUAGAGUUAUUUAUUCCUGUCUGCAUGAUGUACUGAGAACCCAGCUGGCUGUAUGGAUGGGGACAGUAUAUCCCGAGAGAGCCAUGUUUCCGUGUAACAGAGUAUGUUAAAAUCCCUGAUAUCUCUCUGGAAGGAGAUCCUCGCCCUGAGCUCGUCUACUUUAUAAUCCAGAGACUGAACAUUGGCGAGUAAUAUACUCGGAAGCGUGUAAUGUAGUGGGACUGUGGUGGGAACGGCUAUUGUCGCCAACAGAAGCUAGCCAGCCCGUCGCUAGCUUAGCAUCAUUCAGUGAUCUCAUCACUAAUGUAAUCUACUGAUGUCAUCAGUACCGUCACCCCUGCAUUGAUGAGGAGUUCACACACAGCAGAACUGCUAUCCCCAAAUGUAACCAUACUUGCUGUACUCCCUCCUUCACUGCAAAUGGCUUUAGCUUUUUUAUCGUGCCCUCAGCCUCUUGUCAUUCCAAGAAUUUGAUCUUUGAAUUAAAAUGUAUCUUUCUGUCAACAUGUUUUUAACAUCAAAAUGGUCAUAUAUUAUGUUUUAUAUAGAAGAAGAAAAAUUCUGGAGCGGGUCUUUAGCGUUUGCUCUCCAUUUUCUUCCUGUUUGUGUCCCCCCUCCACCCUCCCUUAGGCCCCUCACUGUGAGCACGCCUUCUGCAAUGCCUGCAUCACCCAGUGGUUCUCUCAGCAGCAGAUAUGCCCCGUGGACCGCAGCGUGGUGACACUGGCCCACCUGCGCCCCGUGCCCCGCAUCAUGCGCAACAUGCUCUCCAAGCUGCAAAUCACCUGCGACAACGCCGGCUUUGGCUGCGCUGCUGUGCUACGUCUGGACCAGCUGCAGUCGCACCUCAGGGACUGCCAGCACAACCCCAAGAGGCCCGUCCAGUGCGAGCAGGGCUGUGGGUGAGUGGGGUUGGCUCCAACAAAGGCGUUCCCCAAGCUCUAUUUUGGGGCAUGUUUUGUUAAUCAUUUAUUUAAAUGAUAUAGGCAAGCAAAGCUGUUAAAAACUGAACGUCAUCUAUAUGAGGGAGUAUGAGCACAACCCAAGAGGGGGGUGAGAAUUGGGUUGGGAAACUCUGCUGUAGGCUGUAGGUGAGUGAUGCUACUGGCUCUGGGUUAGUGGGUCAACAGGGCUGUGUGUGCAGGGUAUUGGCUAAAGGUUGUAGUUUACUGGGGCUGUGGGGGAGUUGGCUGAGCUAAAAGGCUGCUGAUGAGCUGUUAUGUCCUCCCUCUUCCCCCCUCAGUCUGGAGAUGCCUAAAGACGAGGUGUCCAGCCAUAACUGCAUCAAACACCUGCGCAGCGUGGUGCAGCAACAGCAGGGCAAGAUCGCAGACCUGGAGAAGGCCUCUGCUGAACACAAGCACCAGCUAGCGGAGCAGGUUUGUGUGUGUCUGUAUUUGUGCGUGUCCGUGCGUGCUUAUGUAUGAGUAAGUGUGCUUUCACUGGUGUGUGUGUGUGUGUGUCAGUGCCUGUACAUCUUAGUCGAUCUGUGUGAUGUUUUCGUCAGCGUGGUCUGCUAGCCCAUUGUGGUGUCUCCUUUCUGCCUCCAGAAACGGGACAUCCAGCUAUUGAAGGCGUACAUGAGGGCCAUCCGCGGUGCCAACCCCAACCUGCAGAACCUGGAGGACACCAUUGAGUACAAUGAGAUCCUGGAGUGAGUGGAUUAUUAAGCACUGUGGUGCAAUACAGAAUUGCACAGAACACUUCACAAUCAGACAGUUUAACUUACUACGCUGUAGAGGGCGACAGAUCAUUGCGGCGCGGUCAACAUUUUUCAUGCUGCGGGCGGUCAGACAGACAACUUUGGGAUUCAAAUAUUUUUGGGUCCCGCAGAUUAAGGCUACUUUUGAAACGGUUGUCUUUCUGUUUUGUAUGCGUUAGCCAAUCUAUUGUAUUAAAAUCACCUCUGUCGCACUAUUCACACACACAAACACACACACACACAAUUCCCUGCUUCAAAUUCAGUAGCCUAUAGGCUACCUCUCCUAGUUGGGCAUUCAAGAUCAAGUGCGCUUAUAAGCCUAUACAGUACCUUCAGAAAGUAUUCACACCCCUUGACUUUUUCCAAAUUGUGUUGUUACAGCCUGAAUUUAAAAUGGUUUAAAUUGAGAAUUUGUGUCACUGGCCUACACACAAUACCCCAUAAAGUCAAAGUGGAAUUAUGUUUUUAGAAAAUUUUACAAAUGAAUUAAAAAUGAAUAGCUGAAAUGUCUUGAGUCAAUAAGUAUUCAACCCCUUUGUUAUGGCAAGCCUAAAUAAGUUCAGGAGUAAAAAUUUGCUUAAGUCACAUAUGUUGCAUGGACUCACUCUGAAUGGAAUAAUAGUGUUUAACAUGAUUUUGGAAUGACUCUGUACCCCAAACAUACAAUUAUCAGUUGAGCAGUGAAUUUCAAACACCGAUUCAGCCACAAAGACCAGGGAGGUUUUCCAAUGCCUCCAAAGAAGGGCACCUAUUGGUAGAUUUUAUAUAUAUAUAUAUAUAUAUAUAUAUAUAUAUAUAUAUAUAUAUAUAUAUAUAUAUAUAUAUAUAUAUAUGCAGACAUUGAAUAUCCCUUUGAGCAUGUUUGGAUGGUAUAUCAAUACACCCAGUCACUACAAAGAUACAAGUGUCCUUCCUAACUCAGUUGCUGGAAAGGAAGGAAACCGCUCAGGGAUCUCACCAUGAGGACAAUGGUGACUUAAACUCUGUAACUGUUUUAAAUGGCUGUGAUAGAAAACUGAGGAUGGAUCAAUAAAAUUGUAGUUACUCCACAAUACUAACCUAAUUGACAGAGUGAAAAGAAGGAAGCCUGUACAGAAUAAAAAUAUUCCAAAACAUGCAUCCUGUUUACAAAAUGUGGAAUAAGUCAAGGGUCAUGAAUACUUUCUGAAGGCACUGUAUGUGUGGUCUCAAUUAAAUGAAUGGGUGGAGAUGCACAGCGCAGUUACAGGGAUUUCUUUGCCAUUUUAUUUUUGUGUGUGAGAAAAUUACAAAAACAAUGAAUUUAUCAGUACUGAUUUUGUUUGAGCAAAAGAGCACAACAUUAGCCGUGGCAAAAUGCAUAGAAUUGUAGGAAAUUAGCUUUAAAACUGCAACAUUUUCUCUCAGCUCCAUGGCAAAAUGUGUAGAAUUGCAGGAAAUUGGCUUAAAAAAUUAAACAAGGUCGACACCGCCAAGGUGGGGGGCCUCUAAAAUGUUAUCUAAUAUUCAGCCGGCACUACCACACCCACCACCUAAGCCCCUUUUUGAUGCAGAAAAAACCUUUCCAAAGAAAUUAACAUAAAUAUGAUUAGGCUACGGUGUCUAGAAAUAAAUAUUGAUAAUGGAAUGAAGUGGAGGGUGCUCAACCAACGUGAGUCAAGGUGCAACCAAAAAAUGCUAUAAUUUAAAAGGAAAAGGCGCGACGUUGCACCUUUCCCUUUUUAUUCUGUUUGUUUUUUACCGCCUUUUUCGCCCCAAUUUCAUGAUAUCCAAUUGCGAUCAAAUUACGAUCUUGUCUCAUCGCUGCAACUCCCCAACGGGCUCGGGAGAGACGAAGGUUGAGUCAUGCGUCCUCCGAAACAUGACCCGCCAAACCGCGCUCCUUAACACCCGCCGCUUAACCCGGAAGCCAGCCGCACCAAUGUGUCGGAGGAAACACCGUUCAACUGACGACCGAAAUCAGCCUGCAGGCGCCCGGCCCGCCACAAGGAGUCGCUAGAGCACGAUGAACCAAGUAAAACCCCCCCGGCCAAACCCUCCCCUAACCCGGACGAUGCUGGGCCAAUUGUGCGCCACCCUAUGGGACUCCCGGUCACGGCCGGUUGUGACACAGCCUGGGAUCGAACCCGGGUCUGUAGUGACUCCUCCCACUCGGGAGGCGCACCUUACGCUUUUUAUUAGCCUAAAUAUUAAUAUCCAUUUAUUGGUCUAUGCCGCAAAUAGUCCCGCUCCUGAAGGUGGGCUAUAGGCUAUGCAAAAUGUAAGAGAAAGUGCAAGUGUCCACUCAUCAUUCUUGCUGCUUCAAGUUCAGUAGCUUACCUCUCCUCUCCUAGUUAGGUGUGCGAGAUCAGGUGCGUGUGUGGUCUAUUAAAUAGAGCAGGCUAUAUGCAUGGGCAGAGCAGCACGUGGCACUUAUCUUUCCAAGGAAAUGUACUUCCUAAAUAUGAUUAAGCCAUAGUUUAGGCCUACUACAUUGACUGUAAAUAAAUAUUGAUCACCCAUAUUUGUCUCUGCCUGCAAAUCGUCCCGCUCCUAUUAAGGUAGGCUAUAUUAUACAAUAAACGUAGUUUAAGAGAAAGUGCAAGUGUCCGUUCUCGUUCCAACUCUUUCAAACUACGUCUAGCCUAGUGGCUGAUAUAGCCCAGUACCUAAUACUGAUAGCCUAAUAUAAUGGACCACUUGAGAAUCUUUGGUAAUUUAACCUAUUUCUUGGAUUAUUUUUGCACAUUUUGAGAUUGCCUAUAGGGCACAACAUUGCUGGGACCAUGGCUGCUCAGCGAGCUGCGUCACAUAUGCCUAAAAUAACAUUUGCGUGACUGCGGGCGGGUUCGGGACCAGUUCUUGUGGGUGGGAGUUGGACAAAAAGCCAGUGGGAGCAGGCAGAAUGCGGUAUGAAAAGCUGCAGGAGGUGGAUGAAGAAAUCAGUCCCGCGCAGACCUCUACUAUGCUGCAACACUUUCCACUUUUGAGGCAUAUUCAUGAAUUAUGAUGAUUAUAAUAACCAUCAUAAUAUCCCAACUCUCCUCUCAUCCUCCCCUCUACCUCUCCUCCUAGGUGGGUGAACUCCCUCCAGCCGGCGCGCGUCACCCGCUGGGGCGGCAUGAUCUCAACGCCGGACGCCGUCCUCCAGGCGGUCAUCAAGCGCUCGCUCAUCGACAGCGGCUGCCCGCCUUCCAUCAUCAACGACCUUAUCGAGAACGCCCACGAGAGGAACUGGCCCGCCGGCCUGGCCACACUGGAAACGCGGCAGAUGAACCGGCGCUACUAUGAGAAUUACGUGGCCAAGCGUAUCCCGGGGAAACAGGCGGUGGUGGUGAUGGCCUGUGAGAACCAGCAUAUGGGGGAGGACAUGAUCCUGGAGCCAGGCCUGGUCAUGAUCUUUGCCCAUGGGGUGGAGGAGAUACUAUGACCCGGCUGGGGGUGGCGGAGAGCAGAGAAGGAGAGACUUCUGACUAACCUGAACUGAACAAAUGAGAGGAGGGAGCAGCUGAUGCUAUGACACUUAUGGCUGCGUACAAAAUGGCACCCUAUUCCCUAUAGGCCCUGGUCAAAAGUA